AUGUCUACUCAGGAAGAAGUGAAGAGUAUCGUCGAGUUUCCUGCCGCCGAUGAUCCCCUUGCCCACCAGGCAUCGAAGAACGAUGAACUUUAUUUCUUCAUGCUUCCUCUCGAAAUUCGGCUCAUGAUUUAUGAAUACGUCGUUGCCGUCGCGAAGCCAAUCCUACCGGAGCAAGUGACCAAGCGAGCCAACAAAUUCUUUCCGAGUCAAUCUAUCCUUUUUCCUGCCAUUGCCUAUAGGAAUAGCAAUGAUCCGUUAGACGUCAUUUCCCUAGCACGUGUUUGCCGAAGAAUUUACCACGAACUGGAAAAAUUCCCCGUCUUCUACCGCGUCAACACGUUCUGUUUCGAGUGUUUCGAAGAUCUUCAUGUGUUCCUAUCGGCCAUUACCCCUAAGCGAAGGGAGAUGAUUCGAUACAUUACAUUGUUCAUCUAUUCCCAGUCUCAGAGUAAACUCAACAUCUUUCGACCCAACUUUCCGGAAUGGGCUUUCAUUCCCCAUCAUAGACCAUCUGGCCACACCAAGACGUUCCUCAUGUCUCUGCUCACCCAAUGCAAAGACCUCAAAGAACUUCGUCUUAUACUGAAUCACCGGGUUUCAGCCGCGCAUAUGAUGGCCCUUUCAAGAGUACCUAUUGAUAGACCCUCGGCGUGGAAUCUUCCCUACAUUCGGGUGCGCACAGGCAUCUUACCAGAAGACUUCAUGUUUGGGGAUGCCUAUAAUAUCCCAAGUUUAGUUAUUCGUCAUGUUCAUAACACAGGAGUCGCUGACCAGGAGAGGUUACGUGCGAUGAAACAGUUCAACAUGAAGAUGUUCGAACGUAGAAAUCUCGUCAACCCAACCGAAGAUGAGUUUCCUUCAUGGUAUGUGCGAUUGGGCAGCAAGGAUCUAGUCGAAGAAGCAAUCGGUGCUGCGAACAUCGACUUCCCCGGAGAACUCCGAAAGAGCCAGAACCGCUUUGAUCAUACCAUAGGUCCCGUAUCGUCCCGAACUAGACGCAAGAACACUACGCUCAACCCUUCGACCGGUGCCCUGACGCGUGAGCUGCCGAAAUACGGUGCCGAUGGAGUAGCAGUACAAUGGAAUUACACGGUCAUUGGAGUUCGCCGGGACGACUAUUUGGGCAUGGAAUGUAACUUGGAGUAUUGGACGCCUACCAAGGAUCUUGGAACCUCGUGGGAAACUGUCGACAAGGUGGUGACGACACCCUCGGGUCAUACCAACCUGUCCCGGUUUUACCUUAGUAUCUUACGCAAGUUUAAAUAUAAGGUACCUCGCGAUCCCAAAGCCAAUCUCCAAGAGCUCGACAGUAUGCCUUCCCCCGACGAUGUUUUCAAGACUCUAGGAGGUCUCAAAAGGGUAGUCAAUGUCGCCUACAAGGACAAGGCUCCAUCUUCGCAUAACAAGUGCCUCAAUAACUGGGCCAAAGUGAUGGAGAAAUGGAAAUCGACCGUGGAGAAACUUGAGAAGGAGGUAGCAGCUGAGGCCGAGAGAGAGGCUAAGAAAGAGGCGAAGAAAGAGGUGAAGAAGCAGAAGGACAUGGAGAAGCAGGGUAUUCCGAAGCAAAAAUAA